CUGGAACGGAUAAGGUACACUCUCAAACAAAUUACUCAAACCAAUGAAGGAGUUAUCCCUAAAAAUCUCAUUUGUGUAGCUUUUGUAGCAGUAUUAGAUGAAUCACUCAGUCAGGACGAAAGAUUUUGUAGCAUCUAUGGCAUCGUUCAGAGGGCUAAAGAUGUUGCAUCAAAGGAGGUUGUUGCGUUGAAAAAGGUUCGACUGGAAAAUGUUAGAGACGGUAUUCCUAUCGGCAUUUUGCGUGAAAUUACACUGUUUCUCAGUUUGAAGCACCCAAAUAUAGUGCACCCACGUCAAGUUAUUAUGGGAAGAGCACCAGACAGUAUCUUUUUGGUCAUGGAAUACUGUGAACAAGACAUGGCCAAAUCCUUUUACGGAGUUGCAGAUCAGGUGUAUGUGUGUAUGUUGCAACUGUUUAAGGUGCUGCGUUAUCUGCAUGAGAACUUCAUCAUUCAUCGUGACAUGAAGGUUUUCAGUCUUCUUAUGACCGAUAAAGGCCUCGUAAAAUUAGCCAAUUUCGGGCUGUCCAGACCGACUCACUCACACAACGCGAUGACUCUAUGUGUCGUAACAUUCUGGCACCGUGCUCCGAAGGUGGAGUUGCCCGGAUGCACAAUGGGUGAACUUUUGUUACACAAACCUCUACUGCCAGGGAAAAGUGAUAUUCACCAAUUAGACGUUGUUAUUGACCUGUUGGACAAUCCAAAUGAUCAAAUCUGGCCAGUUACGUCGAAAUUACCUAUGCGUCUGCUCAACUUCCUGUUCAUGUACAGCCCCGCGCGCGCCAGGAAAUGUUGUCAGAGUUCAUAUUUCCGCGAGCAACCUUUGCCUUGUGGAACUAUAACAACCACAAUGUCAACUUGUUUCCGAAACUGCGAAAGCACUUCUCUGUGGCUGGAUAUUAUUUUUAAUUCGCGGAUGUAUUCCUGCGCAAUGCCAACACUUUGGCAAGAUCUGAAGGCUGCAAUCAAACUUCGCCACCGGAUGCAAUCAUUCCGAAUACUAUUUAUUUUUGGGAAUUCACUUGCUUCAGAAGCAGUGGUUGGCUUGCCUGUUUCAGCGUUGUUAUUCUAUUUUUCUAUUGGCAUUUAA